UUCUCCUCCGUUAUCCCAGUAACCAAAACAACCUCUCAUUCUCCGUGUACUCUUCCAUUUCUAGAGCAAGCUAUUCCAUCUCUUUCUAGUCAAGUUCAAUCAUUUUAGGUUGCGAAAAUGGCAUUUGCUAGGGCAGCGAGACGACCCAUUGGAGUCUUAUUUUAUAGUGCUAGUGCUAGUGGUAGAUUUAGUUCAGGAAACGAGUACUCUACUGUGGCGAGCAAGCUAGAAAGUCUACUGUCACAUACAAAGAGCUUUGUAUCGCCUGGAUACGCAAGCCCUUUUCGUGGUUUUGGGAAUUUCUUGAGGAGUUUUAGCUCAGAGUCUCCCGCUGUAUCUGACCAGAUGAGCCUCAUCAAGCAACUGAGGCAAAGAACUAGUGCUCCCAUUAAGGAUGUUAAAGCCUCUCUAGUUGAAUGCAACUGGGACAUUGAGGCUGCUCAGAAAGAUUUGAGGAAGAGAGGAAAAGUAUUGGCUUCUAAAAAGUCUUCACGGACAGCUGCAGAGGGUAUGCUUGCGGUUGCUCAGAAUGAUGGUAAAGUUGCUGUCAUUGAACUAAACUGCGAGACAGACUUUGUUGCUAGAAACGACAUUUUCCAGUACUUGGCUUUAGCCAUGGCUAAACGUGCUUUGCUGGUUGAAGAUAGUUCUCAGCAAGUUUCUGGUGUCUUCCCAUUUGGAGGUCAGUUUUUUAUGUUUCUUGAUUUGAAGCUUAAUCUCGAUCAUCCCAAAGUGAAUGGUGAAACCACGGUUUCAAACGCUGUUACAGAAGUAGCUGCGAUAAUGGGUGAGAAUGUCAAGUUCAGGAGAGGUUUCUUGAUGUCAAAACCUUCAGCAGGUGUCCUCUCUGCAUAUCUCCACACAAGUCCCCAACCAGGGUUGGGUCGUAUAGCUGGGAUUGUAUCUCUCGAGGUAGAAGGUGGAAAUACUCAACUAGAGGCUGUUCAGCGUGUAGGCUCAGAAAUAGCCAUGCAUGUUGUAGCAGCAAAGCCUUUGUUUUUAAGCAAAGACCUUGUUUCUUCAGAAGCAUCUGAUGAACCGGUUGCUCAAUCUGCUUGAAGGUGUGGACAUGGUGGUUAGCUCUUUCUUUUGGCACACCCAUCACUCACCCACGUGGUUUCUAACUUUCUACGCGGGCUUCAGAUUUACAGAAUGUUGGGCUUUACUUUCUCUCAUAUUUUGUUGGUAUGAAAACGUAAGAUGGUGCACAUUGCUUCUUCUUCAGUCUUAGGCUUCAGCCUUGUGACAAAACCAUGUCUUGUUUAGUUCCUUUACAAAAAAAAACUUCAUAUCUCUGCCCACUAUCUCAUGAAUUGUGCUUGUAAGUUGUG